GCCUCUCCCUCCUCCCCCGGCAGGAGCCCUGGCCAAGUGGGCGCGCCCGACUCGGGGCCGGCCGGGAUCCGGUGUCGGCUGCAGCUGGCAGUGCGGCGGGCGCGGGCGCCGGAGCGAAGGGCCCGCGGGCCCGGCUAUUAAUAACGCUGCCGCCAGCCCGAGGUCGCGCAGCCAUGGCCAGCCCGGAGCCCCGGCGCGGCGGGGACGGCGCCGCCCAGGCCGCGAGGAAAACAAGAGCAGAGCCCAAUUCUCUUCAACAGAACCCUGAAUCCCUAAAUGAGGCAGAGGCCUUGAACCCAGAAGUUACUCUAUCUUCAGAGGGGACCUUAAACCUAGAAGACAUUCUCUACCUGGAGGACACAGGUGACCUUGAUGAGACACUCUAUGUGCAAGAGAAUGAGAAGCCAGAGGAGGCCCUGUAUAUUGAGGAGGCCAUGCAGCCAGAUAAGGCUCUGUAUGUGGAGGAGCCUGGGAAUCCAGAGACAGUGUGUGUGGAGGAAACCCUGGAGCCAGAUGGGAUACAGUUUGUGGAGGGGCCCAUGGAGCCAGGAAGGCCCACAAGCCCAGAGCAGGUUGUUUGUGAGGGAGAAACGGUCACAAGGGUGGAGAAAUCUAACCCUGAAGAGAGCCUCAGAGGCGAACUGAGCCCCAGUCUGGAGGAGGAGGAGCUGAGCCCCAGUCUGGAGGAGGAGAACCUGAGCAUAGAGGACCUGGAAUUGCUAGAGGGGCGUUUCCAGCAGUGUGUCCAAGCUGUGGCCCAGCUGGAAGAGGAGAGGGAUCAGCUCAUCCAUGAGCUUGUGUUGCUCCGGGAACCAGCCCUGCAGGAGGUACAGCAAGUCCAUCAGGACAUCCUGGCUGCCUACAAGCUCCACGCCCAAGCAGAGCUGGAGAGAGAUGGGCUAAGGGAGGAGAUCCGGCUGGUCAAGCAGAAACUGUUCAAGGUGACAAAGGAAUGUGUGGCCUACCAAUACCAGCUGGAGUGCCGCCAGCAGGACGUGGCUCAGUUUGCCGAUUUCCGGGAAGCACUGACUACAAGGGCUGCCCAGCUCUCAGAGGAACUGGCACAGCUCCGGGAUGCCUAUCAGAAGCACAAGGAGCAGUUGCAGCAACAACUAGAGGCCCCUCCAAGCCAGAGAGAUGGGCACUUUCUCCAGGAGAGCCGGCGACUCUCUACCCAGUUUGAAAAUCUCAUGGCAGAGAGCCGCCAGGGCCUGGAGGAGGAGUACGAGCCUCAGCUCCUGCGGCUCCUAGAGAGGAAAGAAGCUGGGACCAAAGCUCUGCAGAAAACCCAGUGUGAGAUUCAGGAGAUGAAGGAGGCUCUGAGACCCCUACAAGCAGAGGCCUGGCAGCUCCGACUGCAAAACAGGAACCUAGAGGACCAGAUUGCACUUGUGAGGCAAAAACGAGAUGAAGAGGUGCAGCAGUACAGGGAACAGCUGGAGGAAAUGGAAGAACGCCAGAAGCAGUUAAGAAGUGGGGUGCAACUCCAGCAACAGAAAAACAAAGAGAUGGAGCAGCUAAGGCUCAGUCUUGCUGAAGAGCUCUCUACUUAUAAGGCUAUGCUACCCAAGAACCUGGAACAGGAUGCUCCCACUUCUCAGGCAGGUGGAAUGGAGACAAAGUCUCAAGGUGAUCCUUCUGGAGAGAAGAGUGGUGUUCGCAUUGUUAUCGCUUUCCUAGCUUAACAAUACUAAUUAAUGCCUAAAAAAAAAAAAAAACCAGGCCUGGCACCGUGGCUCACACCUAUAAUCCCAGCACCUGGGGGGGCCCGAGGUGGGUGGAUCACCUGAGGUCAGGAGUUUGAGACCAGCCUGGCCAACAUGGCAAAACCUCAUCUCCACUAAAAAUAAAAAAAUUAACCUUGGGAGGCAGAGACAGGAGAAUGGCUUGAACCAGGAGGCGGAGGCUGCAGUGAGUCAAGAUCGUGUCACUGCAUUCCAGCCUGAUUGAGUGAGACUGUUUCAAAAACAACAAACAAAAAACCCCAAGUGUGUGCCUAAUUACAAGGGGAUAACCCAUGCCUCCAAAAUACCUGGGUCAGGCAUUCAAAAAUUCGUUUGGAAUGUUUCAGUUUCUAGUAGGACUCAAAAUAUGCCUUAUUAUCACCAGGAAUUCUGUGGCAUCUAGGCUUUGGGCAUACUUUCCUAACCCUACCCUACCCACCUGCUAUUUUCAGCUUCCUUACAAUAGCAGGCAGUUGUGUUAUCAAAAACAAUCAACAUAUCUAUCCAUUAAUUUCCUUAUGUAAUAUUCAAAUGCUGUGGUUUUGGGUGGAAGCAGAGAUGUUCAUAUUACACAGAUUGACUUUUAGACACUGACAAAACUGGAAGGCAUCUUUCUGACCAAUCACCUAUUGAGGAUCCCUCCUGGAAUAUUUUACUGUUAUGUUCUCAUAAAAAGUCCCAGAGUCCCUGAAACUAAUAAAAGAAAGUCUGUAUCGAGAUACACACUAUACAGAUGCCUGUAAAUUUUAUCUAAUUUACAUCAAAUUCGUAAGCAACUAUUUUAAUUGUUGCUCUAACGUUCUAGGAUUUUCUUUUUAAAUUUCUUUUUAUUUAGUAGAAAUGGGUGGUCUUGCUAUGCUGCCCAGGCAGGAGUAGUGGCACAAUCUAGGCUCACUGCAAUUACCCUUCCCAGGUUCAAGUGGUAUUCCUGCCUCUGCCUAAGUAGCUGGGAUUACAUGUGCACACCACCACACUCAGCUAAUUUUUUUGUAUUUUUAGACAGGGUUUCACCAUGUUGGCCAGGCUGGUCUCCACUUCUUAGCCUCAAGUAAUCUGCCCGCCGUGGCCUCCCAGAAUGCUGGGAUUACAGGCAUAAGCUACCAUACCAGGCCUUGAGAAUUUUCUUAUACUGUGUUUUUCUUUCUUUCUUCCCUCCCUCCCUCCUUCCUUUCGUUUUUUUUUUUUUUUUUUUUUUUUUUUUUUGAGGAGUCUCACUCUUGUUGCCCAGGCUGGAGUGUAGUAGUGUGAUCUCGGCUCACUAUGACCUCUGCCUCCGGGGUUCAAGCAAUUAUGCCUCAGCCUCCAAAGUAGCUGGGACUACAAGCAUGUGCCACCACAUCCAGUUAAUUUUUUAUUUUUGGUAGAGAUGGAGUUUUCACCACAUUGGCCAGGGUGUUCUUGAACUCCUGACCUCAGGUGAUCCGCCCACCUCAGCCUCCCAAAAUGCUGGGAUUACAGGCGUGAGUCACUGAGCAUAGCCUAUACUGUGUUUUUUUUUUUUUGAGACAGGGUUUUGCUCUUGUUACCCAGGCUGGAGUACAAUGGCGCGAUCUCAGCUCACCGCAACCUCCGCCUCCUGGGUUCAGGCAAUUCUCCUGCCUCAGCCUCCCAAGUAGCUGGGAUUACAGGCAUGCACCACCACGCCCAGCUUAUUUUGUAUUUUUAGUAGAGACAGGGUUUCUCCAUGUUGGUCAGGUUAGUGUCAAGCUUCCAACCUCAGGUGAUCCACCCUCCUCCGCCUCCCAAAGUGCUGGGAUUACAGGUGUGAGCCACCGCGCCCGGCACCUAUACUGUGUUUUAAUCCAACAUAUGACUGACACUAUGCUUAAUGUUUGGGAAAUUAAAACCUUGCAACUGAAGACAAUGAUCUGCUAAAUGCAUUUGUGUGGAUCAGAUUAAAAGUACAAUCUGGAAAAGACAAUGCCUAAUCCAAAGAACCAAAAUUACAGGAUUUCAGGCGUUGUAACAAUACUUGUAAGAAGUUAACCUAGCAGAGAAAACGUGUAACUAUCCCAUCCAUCACCAUCACAUAGGUUACCAUUCAUUCUAUUUCAUAAAUAAGAGGCAUCCAAAUAUUUGCUAGGGGAGUCAUUCCUGAUCAUCCAAAAAUCACACAGUAACAAUCUCCUCAACAAAGCCUGCCCUAACUAAACUUCAGAUGUUAUAAACUUUCUACUGUAUUAUUUUAACUUGCAGAAAGUAUAAACUUACUCUUUUUGUUUCAACCUUACAGGGGCUGUUUAGAAACCUAUGGCCAAAUCUGUAACCCAGAAACACCAAAACACUUUUUAGAAGAUCACUAAGUACCCUCUGGACGUACUCUUCCAAACAGACAAGAAACUUGGCAAGCAAUCAUCCUGUGAAAGUUGCAAAUACUGGCUGACCUGCUUAAAAAGAUUCUGGAGUUGGCCAGAGGCAGAACACCAGUCAACUCUUCGCUGGACUCUAUUUCAUCUGCUGUUGGUACUGAUCUCAGUGCAUCAAGGAAAGGAAAAAUAAGCCUCCCAUCUUCCAGCAGCAAUCCUCACAUACAUAUGUGCUGAGUAAAGAUCAAUAUAUGGAUGCAUCUUGGAGUAUUUUAAAGAAUGUUUAUGUUGACCCAAACCAAAAACAUUGAGGGGCACAUGUGGAGUCAAAAAGAUAGCCAAUUUCCAUUGCACAUGGGUUUACAAUUUGCAUUCUUUUGUGCCAUUGAGUGUGACAAAUUAAAUGAAUACUUUUACAAAGUUUACUUUUUGUUAAAGGACAUGUUGACUCAAAUAGCUAAAAUUAUGUCAAGGUGGCCAAAUGUGGUGGCUCACACCUGUAAUCCCAGCACUUUGGGAGGCGGAGGAGGGUGGAUCACCUGAGGUUGGAAGCUUGACACUAACCUGACCAACAUGGAGAAACCCUGUCUCUACUAAAAAUACAAAAUAAGCUGGGCGUGGUGGUGCAUGCCUGUAAUCCCAGCUACUUGGGAGGAUGAGGCAGGAGAAUUGCUUGAACCUGGAAGGUAGAGGUUGCGGUGAGCCGAGAUCAUGCCAUUAAACUCCAGCCUGGGGAGGAGCAAAACUCUGUCUCAAAAAAAAAAAAAAAAAAAAAAAAAAAAAUUGUGUCAGGGUAAUUUUCACUAUACUCUGAAACAACUAGACUUGAAGGAAAGAAAGCAAUCGAGAUUUGAACCUAAUGGUUAAGGCUAUUCAGAUUUUCCCAAAGAUCUUACCUCAUGAAAGUGGUUUUGGGUCAGAAUGAUCUGCUCAGUUAAAAAAACAACAAAAAACUAAGUGACUGGAAAGAACCAGACAUUUUAUCUGGUUAUUGCAUCUGGUGGUAAAGGCUUUCAAAGCCUAUUAUUUCUAAUCUCUAAAGUAAAGGCCUCAGUGAAAAACAUGCUGGGGAGGUUCAAGCACCUUUUCCAAAUGUAAAUUUUGCCUUAAAUUCUCUCUACCAAACUGCCUUUGACACUCUUGAAAGCCCACGUAGUUCUUUAGAGAUGGACUUCAAAGAAAUGUUAUCUUAACAAAGACUAAUCUGUGCCACCUCUGAUUCACUGUUUCAUGUCUUUCACAUGAAUAAGUCUUCUAAAGCCAGAGACUGGUGUUUGAUGGAUGUUUCAAACUAAAUAAAACCCAUCAGCAUGGGGUUAUAUAGAAAAGCAAUUUAUUCCAUUUUAAGCACUUACACAGUUAGUCAUGGAGAGUAACAGGCCUGCUGGUGAAACAGGUCACCCAAAAUGGAGAUGGCAUCAAACUAGUGGUCAAGGACUAACUCCUAAAAAAAAAAGCAACUUUUAUCAAGGAUUAAUUUAAAUUUAAAACAAAUACAAGUUAUUGAUUCACUCUUCUCAACUUGACAGUCUACCUGUGGUAUAACUGUCAGGUAAAAACAUACAUCUUUACAACUUGGUGGUCCCAAGUUAAAAAAAAAAAAACAAAAA